AUGGUCCAGCCGCCUCAGCUCGCCGCUGCCAGAGGCCAACCUCGCUUCACCAAAUCCCAUCGAGCAAAUCUUGUAUUCCCUGUCACCAGAAUCCACAAGAAGCUCCAGCGUGCAACUAGGAAGACUAUCCGUACGAACGCCUCCGUUUACUUGAGUGGAGUCUUGGAAUAUUUGACGAGUGAAAUUUUGGAUUUUGCCGGCCUGGAAUCCGAGGUAAGUGAAGGGAUUCGUUUUUUGAAUUUGGGGAUUUUUCUUUGGGUUAUUGUAAUUUCUAGAUUAAAUUUUACAAAAACAUUUUGCAUGUAAUUUUCUAAUAUGUCAAUUUCAGGCCGCAAGAAUGAAGCGCAUCAACCCUCGCCAUUUGCUGUUCACCAUUCGCAAGGACGAGGAGAUCAGCCAGCUCUUGGAUAGAGUCAGCAUUCCUCAUUCUGGCGUCGUGCCAAAUCUGAAUCCCGCUCUCUUGCCCAAGGGCUACAAAACCAAGGUGGACGAGAAGAAAAAUGAAAGUAAGAGACAGGUUCCAGAAACCGCGGGAUUCGAGGAGAAGCUUACCCCACCAAGGGAAGCAAUGGGGAAGGUUCGGAAAGCGGCUCCAAUACUGAAGGCAAAGAUCCCAGCGAAGCAACCGAAGGUCGGAGCGAAGAUACUCAAGGACUCGCUUUAUCAAGCUAA